UCGAUUUUUCACACAGUCGUUCGAACUACGUAGUAGGCUUCGAUAGUUAUUAAUUUCCGCGUAUCAGAUAUCGUGUUUCAUUUUUUGUCCGCGAACCAAUCAUAUAAAUCACUACUUUUAGUGUACUUUGGAUACAGUCGCAUAUUCCAAGUUAACAAGCGUUGUUAUUAAUUUUCCACGCGCGCGUGUUACAAUUUUGGCCUCGUAGACUUAACGUAAAAUAUAUACAAGAAACGACACGAUCGACGCGUCGAUCCUUGUUGCGACCAUUCAGCGUGGAGUGGAACUAUCUUCGUUGCGCGCGCAACGCGUGCUGUUGACCCAUCGUCAUGGCAACCGUGCGACGAGUCUACACUCCAAGGUGGAUGGACUACGACCGAACAGAAGUCAGUGCACGCGCGGACGUCGAGCCGUAUGUUUAUGUUCUCUUUGUGCGAAUUUUUCGUGACGUUUAACUUUCUCGUGUCGUUUGUACCGUCGGUUUACAGUGCUUGUGUUUUUGUAUCAUUGGACAAGCAGCGAAUUGCCGGAAGGGUUUCGUAAGGAUCAAAAUUCAUCGUGGCUAAAGAGAUUAUGGAGUGACUGUUCAUCGACUUAAUCCAAUAAGGUACUGUCCAUGCGUAUUAAUCCGAAGCUUAAUAAAAUUAGUAGAAAAUUCCUUAAGGAGGCUAUACAUUUCGGAACAGCAUAAUAAUUACAGGCCAUCAUGGACGUUGAGGCAGCGCUGCUGGAGAACUCUCCAACACUGUCGACGAUCUCGUCGGAUUGCACCGACACCACGUAUUCGGGUCCAGGCUCGCCCUAUUCCCCGGAAUCGCCCAUCAUCGUCACCUCGUCGUCGUACAAGAAAACAAAGGAUGACGAGGUGACGCCUAGGCCGACGCCCAGGCAUCCACUACCGCCCAGGAAGCCCAACUUCCGGAUACGACCGCCCUAUCUUAUGAUUUGCAUCAGCAUCGUAGAGAUAGCCGUACACUGUCUGGGAGACGAAGCGACGCUGCGCAGGUGGUUGGUCUACGACCCCCGUCAGAGGGUGCAAGGAUGGAGGUUCGCCUCGUACAUGCUGCUGCACUCGAACGCGCUUCACCUUGCGUUGAACGUGGUCAUCCAGCUGGUGCUGGCCACCCCUCUCGAGGUGGAACAGGGUCGAAUAGGGGUGGCAACCAUUUAUUUAGGAGGUGGCGUUUGCGGAGCACUUGGGGCAUCCCUUCUUCAGCCAAGCCUCUUCUUGGUUGGUGCCUCGGCAGGUGUAUAUGCCUUACUCACCAGCCAUCUUGCGCACCUUUAUUUGUGUCACGGAGAGCUCCGUUACGCCGGCUGGCGGCUAGGCGCGGUACUACUCUUAGCCAGUGCGGACGUUGCUUCACUGCCAAUCCCAGCCCUUCUGGGUUGCGGUCGAGUCGGUUGGGCCGCGCACGUAGCUGGUGCACUGGCAGGACCUCUUCUAGGACUGGCUGUGUUCCCAAACCAGAGCAAAAAGGACGCCAGGGGACGAAGAUUCGUUAGAUUCGUUCGCCUCUUAUCCGCCAUCAGCGUGAUGCUCCUCGUCGUAGGCGCCAUCUUGGGCAACAUUUACCUGAUCGCCCUCCCGCAACUGAGAAAGCCAUCCUGACAGAGAAUCGAGCUGCUCGUCAAACUCUGCAGACGAUCCUUCCUUAUCGUCAAGAUCAGGGAGGCCGCCGAGAGCGUUUUCGAGUAGGUCCUCACCAAUCUUAUCUCUUUGGAGUGGGAAUAUUUGCCAUGUGACUUGGACCCCGGGAGAAAAUUGGAAUCGCGUGAAAUUGUUGUGAGAAGAAGGAUUCGACGAUGAAAUCUGAGAUGGGGAUCUUUGAAGAUUGGAAAUAUUGUGGAUUGUUAAUAAAUAAAAAAAGUUUUUUACAAGGUGUGGAUUACAAGGAUGGAAGUUGGAAGUGACAUGGUCAUGAUGGUUUGGAAAUGAUUGAGGAGAAAGAUUUUGAAAGAAUUGAAUGGAGUGAGGAAUUAAUUUAUAAAUUGGAAGAAAUCUUGGAAGAAUAAAAGAUAUUGGAAAGUAUGACUCAAACUUGAACUUUGAGAAUGAACAGUAACAAACAAAUGAGAUGCAUUUAAUUAUAAAAAAAGAAAGACAUUCUGAAAAAUAUUAGAAGAGACACGAAGAAAUGAUAGUGUCCCUGAAAAAUCUAUUGAUUUUCACUGCUUAAAAAACUGCCACAAGAGAACCAUCCAUCAACCAAACAAUUUCUCCCUCUCGAAAGAAGAUAGUAAUAAAAAUGGGAAAAAACAAGAUCAAUCGAUCAACCAGAAAAAAAAGAGAAAGGAGAAGAGACAUGAGAGGAACCUAAGCGAUUCUUGCGAAAAAAAAAGGAAACAAAAGAAA